CAUGCAGUCAACGACGCCAGACGAAGCCUGCCGGGCUUUUCACAAGACAUCAAUCCAGACAUUCUUGCUGGGGUAACCGUGAAGGUCGAAGAGUCAGACCAGAACUUCGGCACGUGGCAGUUAGUCACUCACGACCAAAGCUCUCCGCUCCCAAGCAUCGAGGAAAGCUUGUCAAUUGGCGAGUCACCGCCUCAGAGUAUGGGGAGCACCAUGCCCGCCACGCCCCUCGACGUUGAUUAUAGUUUUUCGCCUUUCCCAAGAUCGAGUAGUCAAUUCGAUCGAAACGAAGCAUGGGAUCCCGCAGGAGAUGUGCCGGUUCCAAAACAAUAUCAGUUAUCUGCGCCAAAGAUAUCAAGCCCCCUCAAGAGACAGCGCGGAAGGCCGUCCUUGAGAUGCCAUACAAAGAUGACCAUUGAUAAUUACAAGAUGUUAACAGCACCGGAGAGAUCCCAGGUGCCGAUGUAUCAGAGUAUCAGGGAUGGCUUUGAUACAAGAGAGAUCAACGGCUUCACCAAGCUACAGAGCACGAGGCGGCGAAAGAGAUCACCAGCCCCGCCUGGAAUAGGCUCUCUUCCUGUAUCUUGCGGCAUCAAAUCUGCAUCAUUUCGAAGCAAUACAAAGAGUACGAGGAUGCGCGAAAGAUUUGUCAUCGACUCUGAUCUACAAGAAAUUACCAGAGUCAGGGCUUCAUCUAAAGCAGUCGAUCUACUGGCGAUGUCAGAGUCCCAAGGAGAGGCAACUUUGAAUUACUUCCACUAUACCAAGAGGAACAAUAUCAACGAGGAUUCCGGAAGCCCCAGAGUCUUACCGUCCCUCCGCACCAUCGAAGUAUUGCCACGGCAUAGAAGAUCGAGACACCGUUCCGGUAAACUAUUCAUCUUAUCUGAUGAUGUUGAAGAGAUCGAGCCCGCAAGACACGACGCCUUACAGUCGGACCGAGCGUGCGCAGUCUCCCGUGGUGAUUCUCACGUGGGCGCAUCAAGCCUCUCGCGGGAAGCUUCAGCCACAGCGCUGGUUGGCGACGUUUUUGACGACGAGCUGGGUACGAAUCAGCUGGCAGCAACAGACAGUACAACACCGGCCAACACCAUGACUAAGAUGAAGCCAGAUGCCGGACAUAAGACCUCCCUUGGUCUCAUGAGCACCGGGGAAACAUAUGUAGAUGGAGAAACCCCAAAGGCUUGGCCGGCUGGGUUACAGGGAGAAUCGGUUUGGACUGGCGCAUUCACAGACCUUAGACCACGUCCCAAUGGAACCUUUUCCAGCGAAAGGCAGAGUUAUCGAAAACAAGAACAAGGCGCACCUGGUUGCUAA